AUGCAGGCCAGGCGCGACCCGUAUGGAAGGGGGUCGUGGGAAGGGGCGAGCGGGAGCGGGAAGGUCCGGCUCAGCCCGGCGGGCGCCAAGGGCCACCCAGGAGGGUCCCGGCGGAGCCCGGCACGCACUUCCGUUCCCGUGAAGGUUGCGUUUGCCCGCUUCGAGGGGAGCUGCAGCAUCUUCCCCAACGAUUCCCAACGAUGUGGGGAGCCAAAAGACCGUUUUUUCUACAACAUCACCUCCAAGAGCUGCGAGCCUUUCGUUUACCAUGGGUGCCCUGGGAAUCGCAAUCGCUACCACACCAUUGAGGAAUGCAAGCGCUACUGCGGACGCAUUGAGAAGCCCGGCUUCUGCCCGCCGAGCCCUCGCGGUGUUUCAGGGCCAUGCCUGACAAGCUGUUUGCAUGACGGUAGCUGCCCAGAGAUGGACAAGUGCUGCUCCUAUGGCUGUGCCUUGUACUGCAUGAAGCCCGUCACAGACCUCUGCCAGUUGCCUUCUGAACACGGGCCUUGCGAUUUAAAAGUGAAACGCUGGUUUUAUGACCCGAAGACCCAAAGGUGCAAGAAAUUCAUCUAUGGGGGCUGCGCCGGGAAUGCCAACAACUUCAAGAGACGUUUGGGGUGCCGCUUGAGAUGCCGCAAGAGAGGAACUCCCUGAGGGCUCCGUGGACGGAAGCUCGGCCUGCUUUGUGCUGAACGGAGAGAGAGGCCGGUUCCGGAGGAGAC